AUGAGCUCUAGAAAGUCGCACGCGAGACGUCGAAAUUCAGUGAAGAGGUUGGUUACACCCACCCAGGACAGAACUGUCCCCCUACCCGUGAAAAAGGCAAGAAUUCCUGAUGCCUUCCCCCAAGACCAUAAGGAUCAAACUGAGAUCACAAACCCGAGGUCUGGUCUAUCCCUCAUGGAGCAACUGUGCGGUGUGGAGUUCGGUAUCCUCCCCCAGGGAAAUACAACUGUCCAGCCCACCAGCAGUUCUAAGCCCAGACGCAAGGGAGAUGUCAACUUUCCGCAGAAGGAGAGGGCAAAGACCUCGCACCUUGAGUCCAGCCUUGAGAAGCUGCCAGACUGUGUGAGUGUGUCUGAGCAGGAGGACAACAAAGGCUUUGAGGGUCUGAAAUUUCCAUUAACUCCCACAGAGGCGCUGAGACAUUUCGGGAACAGACUGACUGAGUUUGAGCAGGUGGAAAUCAUGCACUACUCAGAGGUUUGGUACCUGGGUCUGGAUGCCAGGAAGAUCAGCGGAUCCCAGCGGGCAUCCUGUAACUCUGGAUAUGAUAAUGAAGAACGUGGCUAUGUCCUGGUUCCACAUGACCAUAUUGGCUAUCGCUUUGAGAUACUGGAGGAGAUUGGUAAAGGUUCCUUUGGCCAGGCAUUGAAGUGUUUGGAUCAUAAGAACAAUGAGAUGGUAGCCAUUAAGGUUAUUCGCAACAAAAAAAGCUUUCACAAGCAGGCUAUGGUGGAGCUGAAUAUUCUGGAUUUGAUCCGCAAUAAGGACCAGGACGACUGUCACAACGUCAUCCACAUGAAGGAAUACUUCUACUUCCGCAACCACUUCUGUAUCGUCUUUGAGCUUCUGGGACCAACUCUGGAUGAACUGAUUAGGAGAACUCACUACCAGGGCUUUAGUCUGCCUCUGGUGCGUAAGUUUGCCUACUCUCUCCUCAAGUGCCUGCAGAUGCUUAAGCGCGAGAAAAUCAUCCACUGUGACCUCAAACCGGAAAAUAUACUCCAGAUCCGUGAAGGCCGUAGCAGACUCAAAGUUAUCGAUUUUGGUUCUAGCUGCUUUGAAGACGAAACUAUGUAUGACUACAUUCAGACUCGUUACUAUCGGGCUCCAGAGGUGAUCCUGGGCCAGGAGUACACCUCAGCCAUAGAUAUGUGGAGCCUGGGCUGUGUUGUGGCAGAACUCUGCACUGGUGUGCCCCUUUUUCCUGGGGAGAGUGAGGGUGACCAGCUGGCCUGCAUAAUGGAGGUCCUUGGCUUGCCUCCUGAUGAUGUUCUGCAAACCUCACCACGAAAGAGCGAGUUCUUUGGCUCAGAUGGGAACCCACAGAACAUUAAAAACAGCAUGGGCAGGAAGAGAUGGCCAGACACCUUAGACCUCGCUGCUGUGCUUGGAACUGAUGACCUUUCAUUUCUUGAUUUCAUCAGACGCUGCCUCACGUGGGAUCCAAAGCAGCGCAUGACUCCAGAUGAGGCCAUGCGGCACAGCUGGAUGUUGGAGGGCCGGCCCAAGGCCCGUGCCAUCAGAAUACUGAAAAGAAGUCAUAGCAGCACUGGUGAGAGGGCUUUGUCCAAUGGCUCUGACAUGCCUACAACAGCAAACUUCCAAAAGAGAAAGCCAACACCAGCAGCAUUUUUGAGCCCAGUUGGAGCAAAGAGGCUGAAGUUGGCCGAGUCUCCAAAACCACUUGAAAAGCACUAA